AUGCUUGCAUCACUAAUAUUGCUACUUGCGCUGUCAGUGCCAACCUUUGAACAGAACCCACAGCCUACGCCAAUAUCACCAUGCCCCGACGUGUUUCAAUACGAGGCGCCUAACUCUGAGAAUGUUGGACCCUCUCUCCGAUGGUACGGGGUCAUCCAUUUGUCCACAGAAAACACCCUGCAUUCCUUAUGGCUGAAUAUUGUGUUGGACAGGAAGGCUGAUAUUCUUGGGAACUGGAUAGGUGAUGUGACCACCUCUGAUAACAUCGAUUUCAAGAUCGAAAAUACAACAAUGAAAAUCAAUCCAGGGCCUGCGACAGCAAUGCGUUUCUUUGUUCAGUACAGUUCUAUAAGCCCAGCGCCUAGACUUCAAGCAAUUAGACUAAAUGGUAUUGAAAUCUGCAACGCUAAUAUACCACGACCAGCAACUGGCAGACCAGAGCCACAAACAGAGCAACCAUCGUUUGUGAAAUUACCUCAGCCAAGUUCUACCAGGCCUGUAGCGAGACCUGAGACUUUUGAGACCCGGCCCGUACAAGGCAGGCCAAACGUUGACAAAGUGGGUCCAGUUUAUGUGAGGCCCAACAAUCCUCUUCCUGUUGCUCCAAGUCUUUCUGGUGAGGAUCCUUCGCAAUUCGUUGUGAACAAAGGACGCCCCAAUAACGGUUACCAAGCAACUCAAAGUCCAGUACGAGCGCCUACAAGGAGGCCACCCCCCCAGCAGGAAGUAAGUACUGGUGACGACGGCGACUACUUUGAAGGUGGCCAACCUACUUUUAUUAUACCAAGUAAUACAGGACCUACUAACCCUAACCGCCCUAACGGCCAGCUUCAAUGUGGUAAGGUGGAGAUGAAUCGUGAUGCUGUUCCUCUAGUAGUAAACGGUACUCCAACUCUAGAGGGACAAUGGCCCUGGCAAAUUGCAUUGUACCAGACGCAGACGAUAGAUAACAAAUAUCUUUGUGGCGGUACGCUCGUUAGCCACCGACACGUCAUUACAGCAGCACACUGCGUUACCAGGAAGAAGUCUAAACUAGAGGUAAACAAGAACACGCUGACUGUCUAUUUGGGGAAACACAACCUCAGAACUUCAGUCGAAGGAGUGCAGGUUCGAUUCGUGGACCGCAUCAUCGUGCAUACUGAAUACAACGCGUCUUCCUACAGCCGAGACCUCGCAAUCCUGACACUUCGUGAACCAGUCACAUACACUGAUACAGUGCGACCUGCCUGCCUCUGGCCAGAGAACCAAGUGGAUCUUCAAAAUGUCAUCGGGAAGAAGGGUUCGGUGGUCGGAUGGGGUUUCGACGAAACCGGUGUAGCGACAGAGGAGUUAAGCUUAGUCGAAAUGCCUGUAGUCGACCAGGAAACAUGCUUACGGUCCUACAAUGAAUUCUUUGUACGAUUUACAUCGCCAUACACCUACUGCGCUGGAUAUCGAGAUGGAGUCUACAACGAACGUACCGGCACUAGGCAAAGUACAUCAGUGUGCAAUGGUGAUAGCGGAGGUGGAAUGGUGUUCAAGAUCUCCGGCACCUGGUUCCUUAGAGGCUUAGUCUCUCUUUCAGUGGCCAGGCAAAAUGAGUACAGAUGCGAUCCUUCACACUACGUUAUUUUCACAGAUUUGGCCAAAUUCUUGCCUUGGAUCAAGCAAAACGUUUACGAUUUCUGA